AUGACGUCAGCAAUAGCACCAGCGCCAGCCAUUGCGCAACCGCCAGCGGCGGCGGAAACACUCAACGUCGGCGACAACAGCAGUCCGCGGAUCAGCGAGACGUCGGACGAUGUCUCGCCCUUGAAGCCCGCCACCCAGGCAUCGUGGAGGAAGAAGACGGAGACGGCCACGGCGACGGCGGCGCAGGUGGACAACAAGGCCGAGAUCAACCGCACGGCGACGCCGAAGCGCUCGACGACGUUCUGGAAGUCGUUCAAGUACCUCCGCGACCUGACCCCCAAGCAGGUCGACGACUUCAUGGCGUCGUACGUCAUCUACAACCUCGACUGGGCUGACGAGGCCGCCAUGGUCGAGGCGCUGGGGCCCGACUACCGGGCCCGCGUCGGCGACUGCCUGCAGUCGUACUACAGCGUGCUGAACCACCUCUGCGCGCUGGGCGACGUCGAGAAGAUGUACGUCCCGCCCCUGAUGGACGCCCGCGCCUCGGUCCUCGACAACCAGAUGCUGUACGAGGAGUCGGUCGCGCGGGACAUCGGCCUGAAGCCGGGCGACCGGGUGCUCGACUUUGGCUGCGGCCGCGGGCGGGUCGCGGCCCACAUGGCCGUCGUCAGCGGCGCCCUCGUCACCGGCCUCAACAUCGACCCGAACCAGGUCGCCCAGGCCGACGAGUUCAACGCCCAGCUCGGCCUGCGCAACCAGUUCACCGUCCACGACAUGAACGACCUGCCGCUGCCCUUCCCCGACGCCUCCUUCGACGCCUUCUACCAGAUCCAGGCCCUCAGCCUGUGUAAGGACCUUCCGGCCCUGUUCGCCGAGCUUCGCCGCGUGCUCCGCCCCGGCGCCAAGGUUUCCCUGCUGGACUGGGUCAGCCUGCCCGCCUACGACCCCGCUGAUCCGGAGCAUGCCGAGCUGAUGCGGCGCACGAAGCCGCUCAUCGGCGCCGUGGGCACCCCGACGCCCCAGACCUUCGAGACAGCCCUCACCGGCGCCGGCUUCACCGUCCUUGUCUCGGACAACGCGAGCGUCGGCGGCCUGCAGGCGCCCCUCAUCGACAAGGUCGACGUCUACUUCCGCAGCCUGCGCCAGGUCAUCCUCGGGCUCGUCAAGGUCCGCCUGCUGCCGCCCCAUUUCAAGACGCUCAUCAACCGCCUCUGCCUGGAUGGGCAGGCGUUCGUCAAGAUGGACACCAUGCGGCUGGUGACAACCAGCUACCGGAUCAUUGCGCAAAGAAAUUAG